CGGGUGCCCCAGAGGGUCACAUCGCAGCGACGCGGGAAGUCUGGACUAGGAAGCAGAAGAGGAUUUGUGUGGCAGCCGAGCCUCGGGCUCCUGCGUUGGCCAUGGCUGAGCGGCCCGAGGACCUAAACCUGCCCAAUGCCGUCAUUACCAGGAUCAUCAAAGAAGCACUCCCAGAUGGUGUCAACAUCUCCAAGGAGGCCAGGAGCGCAAUCUCCCGCGCAGCCAGCGUCUUUGUGCUGUACGCCACAUCCUGUGCCAACAAUUUCGCGAUGAAAGGGAAACGCAAGACACUCAAUGCCAGUGAUGUGCUCUCGGCCAUGGAAGAGAUGGAGUUCCAGCGGUUUAUUACUCCGUUGAAAGAAGCUCUGGAA